AUGAUUGUGGAUUUUACAUCACCUCUUGUUAGUGCAUUGAAACUUGCAAAUUCUGAGUUUAGGCCUGCAAUGGGGUAUAUGUAUCAUGCAAUGAUGAAGGCAAAAGAAUCACUGAAAAAGUUUUUUAAUUAUAAGAAAGUUGAAUAUGGCUCAAUCAUGGACAUUAUUGAUAGAAGAUGGAAUGGACAAAUGGGUCAGAGGCUUCAUCUUAUAGGGUAUUAUUUUAACCCAGCAUUCCAAUAUGAUCCAAAAUCAAAAGUUAAAUCCCCGACCAUUAUGUCUGCAGUUUUUUAUGUCAUUGAAAAGCUUGCAAUCAAAUCAGAUGAUGUGGAGAUAAAGUUGAACAAAGAGCUUACUCAUUUUGAGAAUUGUCGUCAAUGGUGGUUGAGAUUUGGUUGUGACACUCCAAAUUUGAAAAGGAUUGUUGUACGGAUCCUUAGUCAGACGUGUAGCUCAUCUAUAUGUGAACGCAAUUGGAGUGUUUUUGAAUGCAUACACAUGAAGAUAAGGAAUAGGUUGGAGCACCAAAAGCUUAAUGACCUAGUAUAUGUUCAUUGUAAUCUGCAUGUGAUGGAUGGGAGAAAAACUGAAAGUCUUGACCCAAUUGAGCAUGAACAUGUUGAUGUUGUGGAAGAUUGGAUAGUACACGAUGAUGAGGAUCCUCCGUUACUUGAUGGUAACGAGAAUGAUGAUAUGUUUAAAGUUGAUGAGACAACAUUUCCAAUAAUGGAAUCACCAUCAAGAAAAAUAGCUAGGACUGAUGAUGAUGAUGAAUUUUUCGUUGAGCAAUGGGGAAUCAUUGAAGAAAAUGCAACCAACACCCAAGUUGGAGAUGCAGAUGAAACACAACCUCCCAAAGAUAAAUAUGAAGAUGAUGGUGAAAUACCACCUGGCUUUGGUUGGCAGUUGGUACCAUUGAGAAGUGGGGCCAACAUAUCUAGAGAAUUUGGAUGA